AUGCCCUCUCCUCGGCAAUUGCUCUGUGCUCAACAUCUCAAGCUUCCUCUCGCUCUUUGCAUAAAAGUUCUUGAGGUUACAAGAGGCCAGAUUCCUGAAGAUGUCUUGCGGUGGAAGUUGCAACUGCGGUUCGAGCUGCAGCUGCGGCGGCGGCUGCGGAAAGAUGUACCCUGACCUGGCUGAGAAGAGCACCACCACCGCCCCAGCAGCCAUGGUCCUCGGCGUUGCACCUGAGAAGGGGCCCUCCGAGGUGGGGUUCGAGAAGGACGCCGAGUCCGGUGAGGCAGGCCAUGGCUGCAGCUGCGGCUCCAGCUGCAAGUGCAACCCCUGCAACUGCUGAAGAUGAGGGCAUGCACACACACAUGCCUUCCUAUAAUAUGGUCUGCUACAAGUAAAUAAGAAGCCAUCUGAUGCAAUGGCUUGGCUGCUUGAUGGUCUCCCUCUCCUGUUACUGUGCACUACUGUGACUUGUGAAUCACAGUAUCAUGUGGCCUUGUGAUUGGGAAUGGAAAAUAUGAGGUUUCCAAGCUACUAGUAUUAUCCUUGUAUCUGCAUGUGUUGUACUGUUUCAGUGAAGUAAAUAUAAAUCCAGUUUGCUUGUGCA